AUGUGUUGGGUGUCGUAUGUUGGUCCGCUUAAAGGUGGUUGUGGUGCCUCUUCUGCGCAGAAUUGGUACCCCUUUCGCUUCUUCCCAGGGCCAUUCGAACCAGAGUGCGAAGCAGGCCACAGUGGCGCUAGUCAGACUGCCGUCCGUUGGGAGAGCGACCAGGCAUUGCAUGAAAGGGUACACCCGCUUGUGCACACUGGAGUUUCCCUUCAUACAUCCUUAAUAUGGAAACGCGGGGCUGAGAAGCAAGGUGGACCUUUCCGAUAUGCGGCAUGGCUGCGUUAUCUUCCUGAGCUGCGCUUGGCCCCAGCAACUGUAGAGUGGGCAAAAGGCAUGCUCAGUACCCGUCUACAAGGCUGCCAUGAUUCUCUGGCCCAGCAGAAUGUGCAGCAAGGGGAAGCGACGGAAGUUUUGGAGGCACCGGAUUCUUCGGAAUGCCCCUCGCAGUUGGCGCUGGCCGAUAAGACAGGGGGCAUUAAGACUGUUGAAAUAGUGGAAAACCUUAGCAAGAAGGCACCAGACAGUCCCGCGUAUGCCGUGGUUGAUGCUGAUGGACGGUGCUGGGAAUGCCCCCUGGAUCACACCACGGUCUUCACUCCUAGGCUGCAGAUUCACAGUCCCCUAAGGGCAGCCCAAAUAUCUGUUGGAGAGGCCGACCAAAACGUCAAUGAUGUUUCUUCAAUCCCUCCUCUAUUCCUCAGUGUUGACAGAAGAGAACCACCGUUAGAAGACUCGCCAGCCCGUGUGGAACGGCUGCCCAAAGACUUCCCUCCGCAAGCGCCAUCUGGCCAGGUUCCACAUGUACCUCGAAAUACGCGGUCUUCGCAGUCGUUUACCUGUUGGGGAAUGCAAGGCACUGCAGGGAAGGCUUCUACUUCGGCGCCCGCGGGACCGUAUUCGCACCUGGACGUCUCCUCUGCCCAAUCGGACGCCCAAACUGAAGAUCAACCCAUUCUUCAUAACAAUUCAACAGUGAAGCACUCGAGUGAAUGCUUUCCCAAGCAUUCUUGUCGGAGGGAUGGGUGGCAAAUACUUGCAGCAGCUGGUCGGCAGCUGGACGGAAAUACAGUCAAAACGGUUGACGCUCCCUUUUAUCCUGUGGUAUGCAGCAGCUGCCAACAAGAGGUCGAAGUUGAGACAGUGGUUUCUCAGCCAGGUAGCCCACCUCCUUUGCAGCACCCAUACUCAACAGGGUCCCUGGGUGGCACCUGCCGAACGGUAUCGCUUUCAGCGUCAGGCACACUUGAAAGGGCCUUGGGGUCUCCCUCAAAUGCCGCCUGGCAAAACGCUCCCUCAUGUGAAGGUUCUCCAAAGUGGAACCUCUCUGCGUUCAAAAGCUCGCCUUCUUUUCCGUGUGAUGCAAUGAGGGCGUCGUCCAAGCCAGAGAGGCUGCCUUGCACGCUUCGCCCGAGCACGGCACAAAUAACUGUUCACUAUACCCGUGCAGUGGCAGCAGUAAAUAACACAGCAGAUUUAAAGGCAAGCAUGGGGCACCGCGUCGACCGUGGAUUGCAAUAUACUAAGUUGGCCAGAACCGUUUCACAAGUAGAUGCCGGGAGGAUGCGCGUGCAAGGAUCUACGCAUUUUCUUUCCCCGGUUGCUGCUGAGCCUUCUCCCAGUGUUUCAGUCUACUCAUUCACCGGAAGCAGUCUGUCAGAGACCUGCUUGGUGUGUGAGGAUCUGUCUAACUUCCAGGAUGGAGCAACGUCGCGGACGGAUGAUGCGGGCAGUCAAAUGCGUAAGGACACGGAUCCAGGUCCACUUGGUUCAACCCCCCCACCGCCCGAGAAGUCCCACACGAAAACUCCGGAGGAACAACCCAGCGCAACGGUGGGAGUGCUUAUCGAGCCGCAAACAUCUCGUGUGAUGGAGCUCCGAAGGUUGAAGCGUGUGAUGCGGGCACUGUAUAGCUCGGUGUCGGGGACUUACCGACGUUCCGAAACUAAGCAGCAACUGGAUCACGACGAUGCGACACCAGAAGCAACUCUUACUGGGCGACUGUACCGGCGUUACACUGGAAAGCAAUUGCAAACGACCGAAAAGGCACACCAGUUUGAUGUGGUUGAGCCGGAAAAGCGUCAUGGCAUUGGAUUGCGACGACGACUAAGCCGUCGGUUGCUCUCACUGGAUUUUCAUGCGACUGCCACCCCUUGUUCAGGAGGCAUUCCGAAGCCAUGGGGCAAGCGACAUUAUUACAGGCGAGGUAGCCUGUACCGCAGAGGCACUCUAGCGGUGGUUGCACGGGAGAAGCGGCUCCAUCUUGAAACUAAAUUUGGCCGAAUGUGCGUGAAGAAAUGCCACCGCUAA